CUGCUGAACUAACCAUGGUGGGUACAGGUGGUCCAGUGGCCACUUUCUCCGUGUGGGAUUAUGUUGUGUUUGCUGGAACAAUUUUGGGGGCAGCUGGUAUCGGCCUUUUCCAGGCCAUUCGAGGCCGUAAGGAGACCAGUAGCGCUGAGUUCUUGCUGGGUGGACGGCAAAUGACAGCUGUGCCUGUUGCCAUGUCGCUCACUGCCAGCUUCAUGUCUGGAAUCACAGUCAUCGGCACACCUGCUGAGGCCUACAGGUUUGGGGCUGCAUUCUGGACCUUCGGCUUUGCCUAUGCCAUCAUGUCUGUCAUCACUGCUGAGAUCUUUGUCCCACUUUUCUACAGACUGGGGAUCACCAGUGCCUAUGAGUACCUGGAGAUGCGAUUCAGCCGGCCUAUUCGGCUAAUUGGAACAUCAAUGUACAUCGUGCAGACGGCCCUGUACACUGGGUUGGUCAUUUAUGCUCCAGCUCUUGCACUAAAUCAAAUCACAGGACUUGAUCUAUGGGGAGUGCUGGUGGCUACAGGAGCAGUGUGCAUCAUCUACUGCACUUUGGGCGGUCUGAAAGCGGUAAUCUGGACAGACGUGCUGCAGAUGGUGAUCAUGCUGGCAGGUUUUGUGGCUGUUAUAGCUCGAGGAGCUGUACUGCAGGGAGGCCUGGGGAAGAUUUGGGAAGAUGCUGGUCAAGGAGGCCGACUAGAGGCGUUUGAUUUUGACCCAGAUCCUCGGAAGCGACAUACUUUCUGGUCCAUUACAAUCGGUGGCAGCGUGAUGUGGACGUCUAUCUAUGCAAUCAACCAGUCCCAGGUGCAGCGCUACAUCUCCUGCAAAACCUUGGGACACGCCAAGAUGUCUCUGUAUGUGAACAUGGUUGGCUUGUGGGUAACUGUGAGUCUGGCUGUGUUUUCGGGCCUCACCAUGUUCUCCAUUUACAAGAACUGUGACCCACUUACAAACGGUGAUAUAAGCACCCCUGACCAGCUGCUGCCCUACCUCGUGAUGGAUAUACUGGCAGCCUAUCCUGGAAUCCCUGGCUUGUUCGUGGCUGCUGCAUACAGUGGCACCCUUAGCACGGUGUCUUCAAGCAUUAAUGCCCUAGUUGCUGUCACUAUGGAAGACUUUAUUCUUCCACUGUGCAAAAACCUCACAGAGAAACAAGUGACCUGGUUGAACAUGGGGCUGAGUGUAUUCUUUGGUGCCCUGUGUAUUGGGAUGGCUGGAAUUGCUUCACUGAUGGAAAGCAUAUUGCAGGCAGCUCUGUCCAUAUUUGGAAUGAUCAGUGGGCCUCUUCUUGGUCUUUACCUAUUAGGCAUGCUAUUCCGCACACCAAAUUCAACAGGAGGACUUGUGGGAAUGAUCAUUGGUCUAGUGUUGACUCUGUGGGUGGGGAUUGGAGGCCAGAUUUACCCACCAACAGCUGAAAAGACAAAUCCUCUCCCACUCAGCACCGUGGGCUGCAACAGCACUACGGGCCAAAACUAUACGACGACAGCUCCAUGGACCAGUCCUGUGACCCCGCAGCCUGAUGUCAGGCCACCUCUGGCAGACUCCUGGUACUCUCUGUCCUACGUCUACUUCGCUCUCUUGGGUACACUGACCACAAUGGUGUCUGGCCUGCUGGUGAGCAUCAUCACAGGCGGAUGCAAGCAAGAGAAAUUGAACUCCGAUCUGUUUGUGAAGAAGAGUGACCUGAUCUGCUUUAACCGGUGUGGUAAACCAGAGGCGUCAGACGUCGCGGAAAAGGUUGCAACAGACUUUCAUAUGGAAGCUGACAACCCGACAUUCACAGACUUUGAUGUGACGAGUAAAGAAGCUGAAAAAGCCACCAAACUGUAACGCUGCUGUAUGAAUACAUUGUUCCUUCAUGGAGAUGUGUUAAUGUAUUUUUUAUAAACACGUAAAUGACGAGCCACGAUGGUUUUGCUGCUACAUACCUGUGGUGCAUUUGAUUUGCAAAAACAAGUAAUUGUAUGUUGAUUAUUAUGUUUCAAACAUCGUUGAUCAUCAAGAUUUACUUGACAGAAAGGAAGAACUUGACAACUAGUAAUAAGGCUUGGCAAACUGAACUUGAAAAGGAUGUAAUUCAAAUUCCAACACUUGCUUACUUACGUGGCCACACGACUUAGGUGCUUAAACAGAAAAAAACAAAUCCACAGUUAGACAAUGUUCUACAACAGCUGGUGUUAUAAUCUAGUCCUGUAAUUAAAGCUGGGUGUUUCUGCUGUUGUCCUAUCCUUCACAAUAAGGAAACAGCAUUUAAAAUAACACAAGGUCACCACAUGUUUUACUGAUUUUUACUGACUAAUUGCGCUGAUCACAUUUCCUGUUUAGCAGUGAUGUGGCAACACUGUUUUACUUUUAUUGCCCUUUGUUCAAUUGUUCUCUCUGAUAGCGGCUACUAGCCCUAUAUUUCCUACCUGAACAUUGUCCUCUGACGCAGUCAACCUGCAAUAUUGUUUGUUGUUUUACAAUAUGUAUGUGGCAUUACUAGUUUGAAGGAACAAUGGCCAUUGAAUUUUAAGUAUUUGUAUACUGCCUUGUUUUAUAUGAAAAUUGUACACUCUCUAUAGAUUUCCUGUACCAAUUAAUCACAAAUUCUACUUCUUAAUAAAUACUUUGU